AUGAUAUUCAAUGAUGUUGUUUUUCGAAACCAGUCAAAUAAGUCAUCAGACUCAAUGAGAAUGAUUCAUAAUGCAUUUCCAGAUUCACCACAAGAUACGAAUGAGUUCAUUAAAUGGAUCAAGCAACUCAUUGAAGAACGUGAUUCAUCAAUUAAAAACAUUAAAACAUUCAACAUUGAACAAUCCAAAAUGUAUGAAAAGAUUAACAAUCUUGAAACCGAGUUACAAACAAAAACUAAACGCACAAAGAUCUCAACCAAUGAUUUCGAAGAAACUCAUGAAGCUCUAGUCCAGAAAGUUUCAGAUCUGCAACGUCAACUUAAUGAUUUUCAUCAACAAUUUGGUAAUAAAGAUACAGAGAGCGUUGAACUCCAACGUUUAAGGAAUAAGUUCCAAAAGAAUGAACGAGAAAACAAUAUCAAUCUUAAGUCGUUAGAAUCCGAAAAUUCAUCUCUUCGUUCUAAGAUCGACGAUCUUCUUCAAAAACUGAGUAAGAAAGAAUCUAAAAUUUCUAUCCUCAAAUCCAAGAUCGAACAAUUUUCAGUCAAAUCAGAAGAUGCAAUCAGUUCUGAAAAGCAAACGCGAUAUGAAAUUUCCGAUCUUCAACGGUUAUACAACAGUACAUCAUCUUCACUCUUUAAAGAGCAAGAAAAAUCACGAUUUUUAACAAAUCAAGUUGAACGCUUGCAAAAAGAACUUGAUAAUGUUGUUCAAGAAAACAAAGAACUCAGAUCUUUACUUGAGCGAUCCAAACAAAGUGUUCAAGAACAGAUGGAAGAAAACACUAUCUUGUUAAAGCAGAUGCGUCGUGAUUCUCAAUCUAAUUCGAAAGAAACAAUUGAAAACUUGACAAACAAAGUAUCCAAACUUAAAUACGAACUUUGUCAAUCUAAAAAGUUUAUUUGCAAACUCCAAAAACAAAUUGAAAAUUUCUGA